GAACUUUAGUAGUGUGCACCCAAGGAUUCAAAAGGAUAGAAGGGCUUAUCCACAUCUUAAGGACUGCAUCGGCGCACUAGAUGGUACUCACGUCAGAGCUACCAUUCCUGCUGGCGACCAAGUUAGAUACAUUGGAAGGUCAGGAUCAACAACACAGAAUGUUCUGGCAAUAUGUGAUUUUGACAUGCAUUUCAUGUACACUUCAGUUGGUCAACCCGGCUCUAUGCAUGAUACCAGUGUCUUGUAUCAUGCAAUUGAAGCUGACAAAGAUACCUUCCCUCAUCCUCCAAAGGGUAAGUACUAUCUUGUGGACGCGGGCUAUCCUAAUAGACCUGGAUAUCUCGCACCUUACAAGGGAGAAAGGUACCACGUGCCUGAUUUUCAACGAGGUGUGGCGCCAAGAACACCUAAGGAGAAAUUUAACAAGAUACACUCAUCCAAGCGUAAUGUGAUCGAGAGAGCAUUUGGUGUGUGGAAAAUGAAGUGGCGGAUUCUACUAAAGAUGCCCAAUUAUUCAGUUGAAACUCAAAAGAUGAUAGUGGCUGCCACUAUGACCCUUCACAACUACGUUCGAUAUCAUGAUAAGGGUGAUCUUCACUUUCUUCGAGUCGACAGAGAUCCCAACUAUGUCCCAACUAUCCCUUCAAGGUAUCAACGGUACGCCAUCCCUCCGAAUGCAUCAGAUGUGUCAACCUCGGAGGCUAGUGAUAAAGACAUGGACCUGUUCCGUAAUAGACUAGCAACUAAUAUUGCUCUUGGUUGGUGACUUCCACUUCUGCUAUAA